AUGGAUUCCCUCGCACAGAGCCAGGUCAAUGUAGGAAUUAGCCGGAAGAUAGAAAUAUGGUACUAUUUUUGUCGUGGCAAGGCAGAUCGAUCUUCUAAAAUGAAAUCUCAAAAUGGUAUGGAUCCAUUGGUUCAAACGAAAAAUCAAAUUUCAAGAUUACUAACAAACCAGCAAUCAUCCCAAAUUCCAUUGGCAAAAUAUGGAGUUAAUCGAAUGGCAAAUAUCACAAAGCUUGAGUUUGCUGUACUUGACAUCUCUGACAAAAAUUAUUUGUCAUGGGUACUUGAUGCUGAUAUCCAUCUUAUCUCAAAAGGUUUGGGAGAGACAAUAAAAGAAGAAAAUAAAAAAUUCCUGCAGGAUCAUGCAAAAUUACUCAUCUUCCUUCGUCAUCAUCUUCGCGAUGGACUGAAAAUUGAAAAUCUUACUGAGAAAGAUCCAUAA